AUGAUGAUGACCCAGGUGGAGACCACCGUGCACUAUAAUAAUGGCUAUGAGGAAGAGUACAUGUUGCAGGAGGAUGAGUGGGAUAGGGACAUGCUACUGGACCCUGCCUGGGAACAACAGCAGAGGAAAACAUUCACAGCCUGGUGUAACUCCCACCUGAGGAAAGCUGGUACCCAAAUUGAAAACAUUGAGGAGGACUUCAGGAAUGGACUGAAACUCAUGCUGCUUCUGGAAGUUAUUUCAGGAGAAAGGUUACCCAAGCCAGACAGAGGGAAGAUGCGAUUUCAUAAGAUUGCUAACGUCAAUAAAGCGCUGGACUUCAUCACAAGCAAAGGAGUGAAACUGGUCUCUAUUGGAGCUGAAGAGAUUACGGACGGUAACGUAAAGAUGACCCUUGGAAUGAUCUGGACUAUCAUCCUCCGCUUUGCCAUUCAGGACAUUAAUGUGGAAGAAACAUCUGCAAAGGAAGGUCUUCUUCUGUGGUGUCAGAGAAAGACUGCCCCCUACAGGAAUGUCAACGUCCAAAACUUCCAUGUUAGCUGGAAGGAUGGCCUGGCCUUCUGCGCCCUGAUUCAUAGACACAGACCCGACCUCCUCGACUACUCUAAACUCAACAAGGAUGAUCCUCUGGGGAACCUGAACCUGGCUUUCGACAUAGCCGAGAAACACCUGGACAUUCCCAAAAUGCUGGAUGCAGAAGAUAUCAUCAACACCCCCAAGCCCGAUGAGAGAGCUAUCAUGACCUAUGUGUCCUGCUUUUAUCACGCUUUUGCUGGAGCGGAGCAGGCAGAGACAGCUGCCAACAGGAUCUGUAAGGUGCUCGGUGUAAACCAGGAGAAUGAGAAAAUGAUGGAGGAGUAUGAGAGACUGGCUAGUGAGCUGCUGGAGUGGAUCCGCCGCACCACUCCCUGGCUGGAGAACCGGACCCCGGAGAAGACUAUGGGGGAGAUGCAGCGGAAGCUGGAGGACUUCAGGGACUACAGACGCCAGCACAAGCCCCCUAAGGUGCAGGAGAAGUGCCAGCUGGAAAUUAACUUCAACACCCUGCAGACCAAGUUGCGCAUCAGCAAUCGCCCCGCCUUCAUGCCCUCUGAGGGGAAGAUGGUGUCUGACAUAGCGAGUGCAUGGCAGGGCCUGGAGCAGGCAGAGAAAGGCUAUGAGGAGUGGCUCCUCACAGAGAUACGCAGGCUGGAGAGGCUGGAUCACCUGGCUGAAAAGUUCCGCCAGAAAGCCACCAAUCAUGAGAACUGGGCCAGCGGUAAAGAACUCAUGCUGACCCAGAAGGACUAUGAAACAGCCACCCUGACAGAAAUCAGAGCAUUGCUUCGAAAACACGAGGCCUUCGAGAGUGACUUGGCAGCUCACCAGGACAGAGUGGAGCAGAUUGCAGCUAUUGCUCAGGAGCUAAAUGAGCUGGAUUACCAUGAUGUAGCUGCUGUGAACCAACGCUGCCAGAGCAUCUGUGACCUGUGGGACAAGCUUGGUACCCUGACUCAGAAGAGGAGGGAGUCACUGGAGCGGACAGAAAAGCUGCUGGAGACUAUUGAUCAGUUGUUCCUGGAGUUUGCGAAGAGGUCUGCUCCUUUCAACAACUGGAUGGAAGGAGCCAUGGAAGAUUUGCAGGACAUGUUCAUAGUGCACACUACUGACGAGGUCCAGAGUCUAAUCUCAGCUCAUGAGCAGUUCAAAGCAACUCUACCUGAGGCAGACUCAGAGAGACAUGCCAUCUUGGGAAUCCAAAAUGAGGUACAGAAAAUUUCCCAGAGCUACGGGAUCAAGGCCAACAUUAUCAACCCUUACAGCACCAUCACAAUUGAAGAGCUCCUCAGCAAGUGGGAAAAUGUGAAGAAGCUGGUUCCUCAGCGAGAUGGUUCCCUCCAGGAGGAGAUGGCUCGUCAGCAUGCCAAUGAAAGGCUGAGACGACAGUUUGCUGCCCAGGCUAAUCUCAUUGGCCCCUGGAUACAGACCAGGAUGGAGGAAAUUGGGCGCUGCUCCCUGGAGAUCGGGGGCACCCUGGAGGACCAGAUGACCCAGCUUAAGCAAGUUGAGCAUGUCAUUGUUGCUUACAAGCCAAACAUUGACAAGCUGGAGGGAGACCACCAGCUAAUCCAAGAGUCUCUGGUGUUUGAUAACAAACAUACCAACUACACCAUGGAGCACAUCCGUGUAGGCUGGGAGCUUCUCCUUACAACCAUCGCCCGAACCAUCAAUGAGAUUGAGACCCAGAUCCUGACCCGUGAUGCCAAAGGAAUCAGCCAGCAGCAGAUGAAUGAAUUCAGAUCCUCUUUCAACCACUUUGACAGGAAGAAAAAUGGAGCCAUGGAGACUGAUGACUUCAGAGCCUGCCUCAUCUCGAUGGGUUAUGACUUGGGUGAGGUCGAGUUCGCCCGCAUAAUGAUUCUUGUGGACCCCAAUGGGACUGGAAACGUCUCCUUCCAGUCUUUCAUUGACUUUAUGACCAGAGAGACGGCUGACACAGACACCGCAGAACAGGUUGUGGCGUCUUUCCGAAUCCUGGCAGCUGACAAGCCGUACAUACUAGUGGAGGAGCUGAGGAGAGAACUUCCCCCUGAACAAGCAGAGUACUGCAUCGUGAGGAUGCCGCCUUAUGCCGGCUCUGGAGCACCACCCGGUGCACUGGACUACACUGCCUUCUCCACUGCCCUCUAUGGAGAGAGUGACCUUUAAACCCACUAGACUUGCCUACUUCAUCUACUGACCGUUUAUCUAACCAACCCCCAUCCACCCAACCCUCCCAGCCUUUCAUCUCCUCAUGAUUUUAAGGAAUCUAACAAAGUUGGAACAAAUAUGUUGAAUGAAAAGUGUUCUGAACCAUACUAGUUUUUUGUUUCUUAGUCUUGUGAUGCAUUACACUGACCAUGAUCAUGUUGAACACACUCAUGUCAUGUAUCUUAGUAUCCUUUUUGUCCCCUGUUGGGUAAAAAAAUGCCCCCAAACAAGUAGAAGUUGCCAUGUUCCAAAUAUAAUGUGAGCAACAGUGCAUUGUAUAUUUUAUCCUGUUGCUAUGGUACUGUACUGCAGCACUACAACAACCUUAGCCAUCCCUCUAAUAGGCCGUGUUGAGAUGUUUUAAGUCAAUGAAAGAUCCCAAAAGCAAUUAUGGACCUACUGGAAUCAAUACUGGUUUAAAAUGUGUAAAACAACCGGCUCAUGAGAGGUCAAAAACACACUCCAAACUGAGGAAAAGUGGGACAUUACCUGAAUUCAAAUGUAAAUGUUUACAACCUGCUCAGUAGUUGGAGGCUGAGAAUACAGAAAACUAAAAGCAGUGUUCAUGAUGAAUGUGUUCCAAAAUAAAAAUUGUGCUACUAACAACGAUCAAACUAUUUUCUGAACUUCAUAAACUGCAUAAUCUGAAGCACACUUAUUUUUCUCUAUAUGUUGACUGCCAAUGUCAUUUUGAUGAUGCUUUACCACCUUUGCUCAAGGUUUGUCAGAAAUAAUUUCUGCUCAAAGUUGUUCUUGCUUGAAUAGUAUUAAAUGUGCAGACUCCAUAUUUGACUAUCUCUGAUGUACACCUUAAACGGCCGCAUUCAUUUACAUUUGUAAUCAAGUUGUUUCCCAAUUCUCCUAGUUGUUCUAUUGUAUGAAGACAGACCUGUAGAUUAAUAACACACCGUAUAUUAUAUUAAUUUGAAGAAACAGGAUUCAGAAAAUGUUUGUCUGUGGAGAUAAUUCAACCAAAAUGUUCUGGUGAUGUAUGAGUCCAUAACAAAUGAUGCAAACUGUAUGCAAAUCCCUUUCUGCUCAAAUUAUCUUCAUGUAAUGCUCAUAAAGAAUGCUAAAUCUGA